AUGACCUCUCGAGACGAUCCUCGACAACGGCAGCAGCAGCAGCAGCAGCAGCAACAACGAACGUUCACGCCGACCUCGGCCUCGUCCCUCUACGCAUCGCCGGCCUCGGAGAACGGGCGCCUGCCGGCGCCGCCGAAUUCCUAUCCGCACAAUGGUACCUCUCACCUGUCCGUGACCUCAACGCCAGGGGCGGCAGCAGCAGCAGCAGCAGCAGCAGCGUUCAAAGCCGAGCCGUCGCCCUCGUCGUCGUCGGCGACGCCAGGCCGCCCGUCCAACGGCUCCAAGAGGGCCGACAGCUUCGACGGCGCCUCGGCCAGCCCCGACCCCGCGAACCCUGAUGCGCCCAGGAAGAAGCAGAGGCGCAAUAAGCCUACCCUGUCCUGUGCCGAGUGUGUCGAGCGCAAGACAAAAUGUGACCGAGGCAGACCACAUUGUCUAGCAUGCAUCAAGCGUCAGACAGAAUGCAAAUAUGCAGUUGUCGCCAAUAUCCUCGACGAAACAUCACGGUCCAUCACCAAUGGCCGUCGCAUGACCAAACCCCCCAAGAAGAAGCCCUCGGACCUCUCCAGCAUCCCCAACAUCGCCGACCGGGGCAUCACCGAGGGCCGCGGCUUCACCUCGCGCGGCUCCGUCGGCUCCAUCGCCUUCUCCUCCUCCACCGGCCUGCUGUCCAACGUGCCCUACUCGCUGCCGACCGCCAGCAACGUCUUCGGCAUCGGCUCCGAGCACCCCUUUGCCAACUACUGGACCUGCGAGGGCGGCCUGCCCGAGGUCAUCUCGGUGCUGCCGGACAAGAUCCAGGCCGACAUCCUGCUGGCCCAGUACUUUGAGUGCGUCGACCCCGUCUACCCCAUGAUCCACCGCCAGACCUUCUACGCCGACUACGAGCACUUCUGGAGCCUGUCGCCCGACGAGAAGAACCAAGUCGACGCCUCCUUUGUCGGCCUCAUCUUUGUCAUGCUCGCCCUCGGCACCCAGUUCGUCACCUCGACCUCCCCCCGCGACGGCAAGCAGACGGCCGAGUUCUACGCCUCGGCGAGCAACCAGGCCCUGCGCAUGUUUUCCUACCUGAGCGCCGCCUCCCUCCGGUCCAUCCAGGCCAUGGUCUUGUUGACCUACUUCCUCAUCAACGACAAUCACGCCUCGGACGGCUGGGCGUUUGCGGGCAUACUAAUACGCCAAGCUUACGCCAUGGGCUUGCAUCGCGACCCCAACAUUGUGACGCCCGAGGCAAGCAUGUUCGAGAAGCAGCAGCGGCGCAAGCUGUGGCAGGCGGUGCUCCUCCAGGACACGUUCCUCACGGUGCUCCUCUCGCUGCCGCCGUCGGCGACGCACACGGACGUGUCGGUGGAGGACCUGCUGGACGACGGGUCGGCGAUCGCGUCGAGCGACCCGACGGACAUCGCCUACAUCCGCGGGUCGUGGACGCUGGCGAACCUGGUGCAGGAGACCAUCUGCUCGGCGCGGUCGCUGGACCUGCCCAUCUGCUCGACGCCGCGGCACAAGUCCAAGCUGCUGUCGGACUUCCGGGCCGUGUACCGGUCCUUCCCCGACAUCUUCCGGUCGUGGGACGCCGAGAGCCUGACGGCGCUGGCGCGCACCAACAAGCGCGUCGUGCGGCAGACGCUGUUCCUGACGAGCAACUACCACCACAACAUCAUGCUCGUGCACGCCUCCGAGAGCCCCGACACGCCCGUCAACCUGCGCGGCACGCUCGAGGCCGCCCACGAGGCCAUCACCUCCUUCUUCCUGCUCUUCACCAUCUUCGAGCUCGAGGCCCGCGUGUGGUGGGUGUUCAACCACCGCGCCUUCCUCGAGGCGCUGUGCAUCGGCAGCGUCCUCCGCGAGGCGGCGCGGGACAAGUCGACGGCCGACAUGGCCGAGAGGGAUCCGUUGUUCGUGAGGGGCAGAGGGGAUAUUGCGCGCAUGGUCCAGAUCAUGGAGCUGAUGGGCGAGGGCGAGCAGGGGUCUGACGUGGCGCGGGCGAGGGUGCAGGUGUUGAAGGACCUGCUCUGA